GUCCGGACCGCAGCUGUCAGAGCCGCCGCGGCGACGGCGGCGCGUCGGGCUGAACAGUGGCAGCGCCGCAGCCGGGGCCGGAGCCCGAGCUCAGAAGCCGACGGGGCCCAGCCGGGAUGGUGCAGCGGCGGCUCCGCAGCGCACGCACGCACUGAGAGGGCCCAAGCUGGGCCCCGCGGCCCCCGCGCCCCCCGCCGCCCCGAUCCCGGCCGGCAUGAUGUGCCUGGAAUGCGCCUCGGCGGCGGCGGGCGGCGCGGAGGAGGAGGAGGCGGACGCGGAGCGGCGGCGCCGGCGCCGGGGGGCGCAGCGAGGGGCCGGCGGUAGCGGUUGUUGCGGGGCGCGGGGCGCCGGGAGCGCUGGAGUCGUGGCCCCCGACGAUGAGGUGCAGACGCUGUCCGGCAGCGUGAGGCGGGCCCCGUCCGGACCCCCCAGCAUCGCCGGCACCCCGGGCUGCGCAGCCGCUGCCAAGGGCCCCGGCGCACAGCAGCCCAAACCAGCCACCCUGGGCCGCGGGCGGGGGGCAGCUGCCGCCAUCCUCAGCUUGGGCAACGUGCUUAACUACCUGGACAGGUACACCGUGGCAGGUGUCCUUCUGGACAUCCAGCAGCACUUUGGGGUCAAGGACCGAGGCGCUGGCUUGCUGCAGUCAGUGUUCAUCUGCAGCUUCAUGGUGGCUGCCCCCAUCUUCGGCUACCUGGGUGACCGCUUCAACAGAAAGGUGAUCCUCAGCUGCGGCAUUUUCUUCUGGUCAGCAGUCACCUUCUCCAGCUCCUUCAUCCCCCAGCAGUAUUUCUGGCUGCUGGUCCUGUCCCGGGGUCUGGUGGGCAUUGGCGAGGCCAGCUACUCCACCAUCGCGCCCACCAUCAUUGGCGACCUCUUCACCAAGAACACGCGCACACUCAUGCUGUCUGUCUUCUAUUUUGCCAUCCCACUGGGCAGYGGCCUGGGCUACAUCACUGGCUCCAGUGUGAAGCAAGCGGCUGGAGACUGGCACUGGGCCCUGCGGGUGUCCCCUGUCCUGGGCAUGAUCACAGGAACACUCAUCCUUGUCCUGGUCCCAGCCACYAAAAGAGGUCAUGCCGACCAGCUCGGGGGACAGCUCAAGGCACGGACAUCGUGGCUCCGGGACAUGAAGGCUCUGAUCCGAAACCGCAGCUACGUCUUCUCCUCCCUGGCCACGUCGGCCGUGUCCUUCGCCACAGGGGCCCUGGGCAUGUGGAUCCCGCUCUAUCUGCACCGUGCCCAAGUUGUGCAGAAGACAGCAGAGCCAUGCAGCAGCCCGCCCUGCGGGGCCAAGGACAGCCUCAUCUUUGGGGCCAUCACCUGCUUUACGGGCUUCCUGGGUGUGGUCACUGGUGCAGGAGCUACGCGUUGGUGCCGCCUGAGGACCCAGCGGGCCGACCCACUGGUGUGUGCUGUGGGAAUGCUGGGCUCCGCCAUCUUCAUCUGCCUGAUCUUCGUGGCUGCCAAGAGCAGCAUUGUGGGCGCCUAUAUCUGUAUCUUCGUUGGGGAGACACUGCUAUUUUCUAACUGGGCCAUCACUGCGGACAUCCUCAUGUACGUGGUCAUUCCCACCCGCCGGGCCACUGCGGUGGCCUUGCAGAGCUUCACCUCUCAUCUGCUKGGCGAUGCCGGAAGCCCCUACCUCAUAGGCUUUAUCUCGGACCUGAUCCGCCAGAGCACCAAGGACUCCCCGCUCUGGGAGUUCCUGAGCCUGGGCUAUGCCCUCAUGCUCUGCCCCUUCGUCGUGGUCCUGGGUGGCAUGUUCUUCCUCGCCACUGCUCUCUUCUUCCUCAGUGACCGUGCCAAGGCUGAGCAGCAGGUGAACCAGCUGGUGAUGCCACCCGCAUCCAUGAAAGUCUGAGGUGGUGCUGCUGGGACAGUGAAGAACCCUCGCUCCUCCCUAGUCUGGGAGAUGUCCUUCAGCAUCCCGGACCUAUAGGGCUGUCYCAAA